AAAAUCUAGUUAACAAAAUUCAGCCAUGAGAGCAAUCAGGCUUCCUCCCUCUUCGCUGCUUAUUAUUUCUUCUUCAUCAUCGUCGCAUUCUCGUUCAUGGCAGUGGAAAAAGAAACAUCCUAUCCAACUCUUCUCUCCUCAAUUAACCUCUUCUUCAUCUUUUAUUAACCCUGGUGUUUUAGCCUUUUCUUCUUCAACCUCUGAAAAACCAAUUGAAGAAACUAUAAUAGACAAUAUUCCUGAAGUAUCCUCCAAAAGGGGUCCUUUGAAAUCUGGAUUGUAUCUUGUUUCAACACCAAUUGGAAAUCUUGAAGACAUUACUUUGCGUGCUUUGCGUGUAUUAAGAUCAGCGAAUGUGAUACUUUCUGAAGACACUAGACAUUCACGGAAAUUGCUUCAUCAUUACAAUAUUAAGACUUCCUUAUUGAGCUAUCAUAAGUUCAAUGAACAUCAGCGCGAAAAAGCAGUACUGGAAAGGCUUCGUGAAGGUGAUAUUGUGGCGUUGAUUAGUGAUGCAGGGACACCAGGCAUCAGCGAUCCUGGCACAGAACUAGCAAAGUUAUGUGUAAGUGAGAAGAUACCUGUUAUUCCUAUCCCUGGACCUUCUGCUUUGUUAACAGCGCUUUGUGCCUCUGGAUUGUCCACAGAGGAGUUUUCGUUUGUUGGAUUUCUUCCUAAACAAGCUGGAUCAAGGAGAGAAAGAUUGCAGCUUUCUGCCAAUGCAACUGCAACGCAGAUUUUCUUUGUUCCUCCGCACAAGCUUAAUCAAUUUUUGGAAGAAACAUCUUCACUUUUUGGUGAUUCAAGGAAGUGUGUCAUAGCUCGAGAGAUGACAAAAAUCCAUGAAGAGUUUUGGCGCGGAAGUCUCGGAGAAGCUAAAGAAGCGUUCUCGGCUAAUCAACCAAAGGGAGAGAUUACUCUCCUAAUUGAAGGAAUAGCAACCUGUAUCCCCGAAGCUCCUUCAGAAGAUCAACUUGAACAGGAACUGAGAAAUUUAAUCUCCAACGGCCACAGUCUUUCCAUGGCAGUGAAAGUAUUAUCUGAAGCAACAUCAGUGAAACGGAAAACAAUAUAUUCACUUGCACUUCGAAAAUUCGGAAACGUGGAAGAGGCGGAGGAAGAUUCAAGUUGAGGCAAUGAGGCACACCAAAACAGCAAACAGCAUACAAAACUCUUGGGCUUGGGCUUGUAGUCAUUUGCGUGUUCGAUUUUUUUUCAAAAAGAUAUUUUUUUCUUGAGAAUUAUUUGUGCGAAGACUUUGAUAACUAGACGGGGGGGCCUACAACAUUAUCCUUUCAACACAGGUGACGUGUCACAGCCAAAUUCACACACAAAAAGAUUGGACCUCUCCUUAUUUCCAACAAAUGGAAGAAGACGUAUAAGAUUCCCACGCAAUUAAAUGGGCCCCACGGUUUCUUGUUUUUUCUUUUGUUUUGUAGCAUAAAGAAGACACAGGGACCCACAUUCUGGUCUGACAUUUUUAUUUUUUUAUUGUCAACAAAUGAUCUCAUGCUUAUUUCAUUCUCCUUCCUAAUCACUCUAUUAAAAAUGCGUCAAGAUGUUAUUGGGUCGGUCCCUACCUUUUA